CAGGGAUGAGCACGAUAUCAAACUUUUGGUCUCGCCCUCUCCGUUUCGUAGCUCCUCGAUCCAUCUCGAUCGUCUGCUAAAACCCUAGGGAAGAAUUAGGGAACAGCGCCCCGGUUUGUCUCGGCCCGAUCGUCCCGAAUCUUCGAUCGGUGCUGGUUUUACUGUAUUGGUAUAGAACAUGAGCACCCUUGGACCAUCAAGGCAGGGUUCAAAGAGGCACGCGAGGGAUGGUAUCCACGCUAAGAUGGUUCCGAAUUUGGAUCUGAACUUUCCUCCGGUGGAGUGCCAGCAGUGUGAUGGCACUUCUGGCUCUAGACAUCCACAGAUUUCUCGAGGAACAUCUUUUUCCGCUGUUCCUCAUCCCAGCCCUGCUAGUGAACAGCAGCAAGGGUCCUCUGCACCAUCAAGUGACCGUUCACACAGUGAUUUUAUUGAUCUAGAAUUGAUGGAGGAUGAGGUCGUGACUCUUUCUUCCUCGAGAGGGCUACCCCUGGGGAGGAAUCACUUCAGAAGGAACCAGCCUGUGACAAUGAUCCUAGAGGAAGACCUGGAAACAAAUUUGAGACAACCAGUCAUUAUUGUAGAGGAACAAGUGGCAAAAUCACCUAUGAACACUCGUAAUAAGCGGGCUAGAAGUUCGAUGAGCAGGACAGCUAUUGAUUGUGAUCAUUAUCCUGAUUUGGAAGAGGAGCAUAAUGCCAAGAGAAAGAAUGUGAUUAAAUCCAAACCGGAGCCUGUUAAGGUACUUACACGGGAACCCAUCUUCACCUGCCCUGUCUGCAUGGAUGCAUUGGUUGAGCCAGCAUCAACUAUUUGUGGUCAUAUUUUCUGUCUAAAAUGCAUAAAAGCCUCCGUUCAGGGACAGAAGAAAUGCCCAACUUGUAGGAGGCAACUUACCAUGAAAAGUUUUCAUCGUGUGUAUCUUCCAUCAUCUAAGUAGUGCAAGUUCAGGUGUAGUUUUCUUGUGCUGCAAGAGCAUCCUACUAAUCCCAUUUAUGUGUUCCUGAAUUCUUACUUGAUGGUUUUACAUGUUUGAUUAUUAGAUCAUGUCCAAUUAAGUUCAA